AUGAUCUCGCUCGGCAUGCAGGAGAAGCUUGGGGAACAGCAUGUCAGAUACAAGAAGGCCAAGGAGGAGGGUGGUGAGCUAGCAGCCCAGUCUUCACCCGCCGUCAAAGUUACAACGGUCAAGAGGCUCGCAAAGCUUCUGAGCAAUGCGCCGUUCCUAGAUAUCACAUCAGCUGUUGAUAUUCUCUCCGGUCUUCUGACCAAAGCUCAGCACAUUGACAUUCGGGUGGCUAUCAUUCAGACCAUGUUCGACACCCUGGAGGCUGAGACAGCUUCGUCCGAUGUGAAGAACCGGAUUCUCAUGGUCAUUGAGGACCUCGCUGUGCCACUCGCAGCAUCUCUCGAUGAGCUGCGUCCGAUGACAGAAGUUGAUUGGAAUCAAGCAGAAGCUGAUGGUGAGCUGCCCGAAGUGGUCAAGGCAAAUGAUAGAACUGCAGCUCCAAUCAGGUUUCUGUUCUAUCAUCUGGAUACGAAGCUCCGGAACGACCCUGUUUCUCAAGCAAAGCUGGCCGGUAUCACAGAUCGAUUGAUAUUGCAGUCCGCAGAGAACAACAGAUGGUGGCUGGAGCUGUUUCUCAGGAAGAACGGGUUCUCGUUGCCUCCCGGAGAGAGCCUUCCACUCUCGCCAGUCGAUCCCGCCAUGCUCAAGAUCUUCCCAAGAACUCGGGUGUAUUUCUCGCGACCAAUGCUUGAGAUGCUAAGCCGAUAUGCUCUCGCUAAUGUUCAACCUUCUCCCGUCAUGGCAGCCAUCACAAAGAAGAUCGAGAGCAAUCCUACCCUGGAAGAUUCGAAUGCAGGAAAACACUGGUUGCUGCUCUUUGGCAGAAAUGAGCGACAGAUGGUCCAGCAUGGCUGGACAGACUGUCUGAAGCAUAUGCAUCUACCCCACAUGAGCAAAGAAGUCGCUGACCCGAGCGACCGCAUCACCGUCGACAUGCUCCAACGUUUCGCGGAAGACUUUGCACACAGGCUUAUCAGCCAUGUGAACCCUUCUUAUGUUGAAUCGCUGUUCGAAAAUUUGUCUGCUACGAUGAUGAGGGAGAACAAUUCCGAGGCGUUGAAGAGCUGGCAAUCGACAACGCAGCCCGUGCUACGGUCGAUCAUCGCGAGAGUCAAGGAGUUACGCACUCCUUCGGGGCAGCGCGACCCGAUGCGAGAGCCCAAGGCUCUGCCAGACACAUUCCGCCUAAAGGUGGCGAUGUUGGCCGUCCCUCCUGGGGGUGCUGACAUGGAUGCUUUGUUUGCCAAAGAGAUUUCGGCAUUGAUUGACGAGUUGGCAAACGAACAUGCCCUCUACCACAACCACUGGGUACAUCUGAAGGACCAGCUGGGACGUGAGUUUCCCAAUUGGAAGCCACGCCUUGUUUACCUCGCCAUCAUUCUGGGCGAUCUCUCAAACGUGAAUAUCGAAAGCCCCACGCUGGCAGAUUACAUGCGAGUCGAAAUGGCCAGGGAUUUCACGAAGCGGGCUGAUGAUACCAAGGUCAGAAAUGACGCCAAUAAGUUGAAGGAGAUCCUGCGCACUUGGAAAGAGUCCCCUGUCGAAAAGUUCAGAAGUGACCUGAGGGAUAUUAUCGCAUUUAAGCCAUCAUAUAAGUGA